AUGGAGCUGCCAAGUACGGUGUCUUGCCACGAUGACCCGUGGCGAAUUUGGCUGCCAAAGGAAGUUGCCAAUUUGAGCUCCUGGGACAUAGACAUUCUCGAUGGCAGUGGGGAUGACAUGGAAGACUGCCGUUACCAAAUUGACUACGGAAAGCAAGUGUUGAUGGUUGGACACCAGAACUGUACUGAAAUGGAGGAUAACAAGCCGCGCCUGAGAUUCAGGUUGCAGUUCAACGCUACUGAGGGAGUUCGACCCCAGAAUGAAACUUACAGCGUAGACUGCGACACCUUCCAGGCUGAUGAAGCGUCAUCCGACAAUGGUUUUGCCAGCGCUACUACAAACUGCACCAAAAACGUCAUGGCAGUUACAUUCCCAAGGCUUAUUCCCACUUUUCGGGAUGAACUCAUGGGCGCCCGGCCUGGAAUGGAACCUCAAGUGGCAUCUGCAAUGGAGUGGAUCGUAUCGAUCGAGGAUAAUGGCCGGAUCCAUCAUUUGAGUCUCAGGCAGGCGAUUCAACAAGGCUAUAGUUUCUUUUCCGAUGCCAGUGAUAUCAUUAUCCAAGUCCCAUUUAAUGCUAGAGGAGUCGCAGUUUACAAGCAAGAUGACCACGUGUUGUACACAGUAGCCAUCAAGCUAACUUAUGGGCCACCUGAGCAGCGCCUGACUCUGGAAUCAAGAAUGAUCUGCGCCCCAGGCCCAGCAGUCUGUAAUUCGACCCACAUGAUGGUGAUUCUCCCAGCUUUCCCAGGAAAAUUGACAGCUGUCAGUCUGAAUGAGAAGAACAUGCUGGUACACCAACUUCAAGCCAAUAGCAUUGGUGUGGAUACCAGAAAAGGAGUAAAGUUGUAUAUUCCCAAAAGACUUCUGAACACUCGGGCCUACAGAGAUCAUGAUUGCUCAGGUAUUCAGUUGUACGUUGCGUCCUUGACUUUGAAUUUUGACUACCGUGGGGAAAUAGCCACCAUGGUGAGCUAUCCAGAAUGUCCUUGUGAACAAAAUGCACCAAUAGUCUCCAUAUGCACUCAAGACGGACACAUGGAUUUUGAGAUAGCGAGCAGCAGUACGAAACCGGACUUAAACCUGGAUACCCUCAGGCUUAGAGACCCCACUUGUGGGCCCGUCCCCGGGUCGGCUUCGAAAGACCGAGUCCACUUCCGUGUGCCACUCAACGAUUGCGGGACCACGGUGAAGAUUGUUGGUGAGAAGAUCGUUUAUGAAAAUGAAGUGAGUACCUUUUGGCCAGAUCAACCUCCACGCUGGAUCACCAGAGACAGCGAUUUCAGGUUGACCGUGGUUUGCUCAUACGAGAGUACCGAUACUUCCUUGAAUGUCAAGAUAAACACGCUUCCUCCUCCUGAGCCUGCAAUCAACCAGGGUCUACUUUCUCUUCUUCUUCUCAUUUAUCCAGAUGAGUCCUACUCAGUUCCUUACACAAAUGACCAAUAUCCACUUGUGAAAUAUCUGCGACAGCCCAUUUUCCUGGAAGUUCAAGUACUUAACCGAAAUGACCCAAACAUCCAUUUAAUGCUAGAGCACUGCUGGGCUACCCUAUCCUUGGAGCCUUCAUCUUUGCCACACUGGAACAUUGUGGUUGACGGAUGUGAAUAUGAACUCGACAAUUACAAAACCAUCUUCCAUCCAGUCGGCCCGGCGGUCAGUUACGCUAAUUUCCGCCAAAGAUUUGAAGUGAAGGCAUUCGCUUUUGUCUCCAACGGCAAAACUCUGUCCAAUCACGUGUAUUUUCACUGCAGCGUUAUUAUCUGUGACAGGCAGCAUCCAGAUUCUCCGUUGUGUUCUUCUCGAUGUCCUCGUCCUUCCAGGAAAAGACGAGAGGAGGCAAUGGAAAAGACCGCAAUUGUGACUCUGCCGCAUGCUGUCAUUUUGGUACUGGAGGAGCAGUUUAAGAUGCAAGGCCAGCAGAAGCUGAGCAUCAAGGUGUGGAUUGCCCUUUCUUUGAUAACCGUGUUUGCCCUUUUGACUGCCAUGGUUGUGGUCCUGGUUUUGUUAUUCCGAAGGCGGAAAGGAUCUGGCUUGAUCAAUUGAAUAAAAAGAU